AUGGGAUCCAUCAGAAUAGCUUUGUCGUAUGCUUUCGACUGGAUUCUGCUGGUUGUAUUUGCCGUCGGUGGUCUCUUCCUGGGGAACCUUACACCACAGAAACGCCCGUUCAAUCUUGGCAAUCCCGACAUCAGCUUCCCUCUACACGACGAUACGGUGUCCAUCACGAACGCCUUCUUGAUCUGCAUCGUGGCCCCAAUUCUGAUCAUAUUCGUGGUCUCUCUACUCCUUGUGCCAGGCUCAACUGUUCCUCCGGGGACGCCGAAGUCCAUUAUCUGGCGGCGAAAGCUUUGGGAGAUUCACGCGGGCUGGUUGGGACUGAUCUUUUCGGUCAUCGCAACUUGGUUCAUCGUGAGCACGACAAAGAACCUUCUGGGAAAACCACGACCGAACGCGAUCGCGCGCUGCCAACCCGAUCUCGAAAACAUCGCUCAGUACAUUGUGGGUGGUGUUGCAUCGACAACUUCCUCCACAGCCGGGCAGCUCGUUUCCGCCGAUAUCUGCAAGAACCCCGAUACUAGCGUCGUAAACGACGGGUUUCGAAGCUUCCCCUCUGGUCACUCUUCGAUCGCUGCUUCUGGCCUUGUCUAUCUCACUUUCUUCUUAGCUAGCAAGCUUGGAGUUACGGCACCCUGGGCACCUCGUACAGAGGGCCUGUCAGACCACAGUCACUCUGCGUUUCCAUCUCGACUGGGCGGAGACAUGGACAUGCCAGCAGGUGAAGCUGAGACGCAGGCUGAACAAGGCGCAAGCACACGACCAGUGUCUUCUGUUCGAAGACAGGCUGCUGCUCCACCGAUUUACCUCGUCGUCCUGACUCUGGUUCCAUUCUGCGUCUGUAUCUACAUCUGCGCCUCCAGGUGGUUCGACUUCAUGCAUCACGGCAUCGACAUUUUCGUGGCCUUCGCCAUUGGUGCGACGACUUCAUACUUUGGGUUUCGGUUUUAUCAUCUUCCAAUUGGCCGGGGCGCAGGCUGGGCUUGGGGGCCACGAAGUGAGGACACUGCCUUCUGGGCUGGAGUGGGCAAGCAGGGAUAUGGACAUGGCUUGACGAAAGGUCGUCAAGACUACAUGUGCUGA